CCUCGCCACGCCACGCCACGCCACCACGGGCCUCCGACGAACCCUUCCACGGCCUGCGCCUCCAUCGCAUCGCCCCUCUCCCAAGCACGGGGAACGUGGUGACCUCCGGCGCCGCCAGCGGCGUCGCCGGACACAUAGGUAAGGUGAGGGCCGCCGCCAGCCUCUCCCGCCGGUCGCCGCCGCCGCCCCAAGAGAUGUCGGGUUCCUCCUCCAGGGCGCCCACGCCUGGGGACGCCUUCGACCCGUUCGACGUCGACGCCGACCCGCCGCCGCGGCCUGAGCUCACCCCCGAGCAGAUCAGGCUAUGCAGGGACGCCCUCGCGCACUUCGAGGGGAUGAGCAAGCGGGCGCGUGACUUGUCCCAAGAGUUCAGAAGCCUCUCGGUCAUGGGAACAAUGCACCAGGAGCUGAGGUCUAGUGUCACUGUGGCUCACUAUGGUGCUAAUAGGGGCAAAAACCGCUAUAUUGAUAUCUUACCAUUUGAUGAUACCAGGGUACGGUUGAGAACCAGUCUGACUUCAAACAAUGAUUACAUCAAUGCAAGCUUUAUAAAGGCUACCGAUGACAAUAGAGUUGCAACAUUUAUUUCCACUCAAGGUCCAUUAGUCAAUACAUUUGAGGAUUUUUGGCAAAUGGUCUGUGAAAAUCAGUGCCCUGCGAUUGUCAUGGUCACUCAGUUCGACUGUGUUAAGUGUGAUGAGUAUCUUCCUUUGCGCAAUGGGCGAGGAGCGUAUGGAAAAUAUAAUGUUAAGAUUAGGAAAACCAGAAGGGACAACCAUCAAUUAUGGUUGCGUGAUGUGGAAGUGCAAUGCAGUGAGUCAGGCAAGGUUCAUUCGGUACUCCAUAUAGAAUAUCCUGAUUGGCCCGAUCAUGGAGUGCCAACCAAUACUGAUGCUGUAAGACAAAUCUGGAAACGAGUGCAUCACAUUCCAAGAGAACAUCCUAUAGUUGCACAUUGCAGUGCAGGUAUUGGAAGAACUGGUACUUACAUCACCAUCCAUACUACAAUUGAGAGAAUUCUUCUUGGCGACAAAAGCUGUUAUAGUCUUGUAGAGACUGUCAAAAAAUUUAGAUCCCAACGAAUUGGAAUGGUCCAAACUGAGCAACAAUACAAGUUCUGCUAUCGGGUGAUUGCUGAUGAGCUGAAACAUCUGCUAAAAUCGAGCCAUUGAGGAACAACCCAAGUGCUGUCUGUUUGUCAUCCUUUGGUCUCGAAUGUCGGAUUUUUGCAUUUGCCAUUUCUGCAUUGGACCAAAUUAUGUGAAGCUUGUCACCUUUGUUGGGUGCCCACUUCUUGCAAAUGGAUUGAUUGCAACAAGAUCAUAAUGGCACCUCCAUUUUGCUAUGAUCUCCAAUAUUUUUGUUAUUACCGCUCGUUGUAUAAAAAGAAUUAGAGAAAGUGUGGAAGUUUUGGCAGCUCAGUGCAUUUAAUGACACUGCACGAAUUAUUUUUCCA